AAGUGUUGCAAAAGGCUCAUAGGCAGCACAACCUGUAGCAAAAGUAGAGCGCAAUACUAUUGCAGUAUAUUAAUUAGGUCAUUUGAGGCUGUUGCAGAUAUGUCGCAGGUGUUUAUAAAUGGCGCAAGAGACGAAGCCAAUGUGCGGGACCAUGACAGCUUAGAUGUGUCCAUACAGGAGCUCAUAAAGGCUGCGGCAGAGGCACGUAAAAAUGCGUACUGUCCGUACAGCAACUUUGCAGUUGGUGCUGCGUUACGUACUUCCGAUGGCACCAUAUACAGUGGUUGCAACAUUGAGAAUGGCGCAUAUGCGGCUAGCAUAUGCGCUGAAAGAACGGCUGCUGCCAAGGCUAUAAGCGAGGGCAAGCGUGAGUUUGUGGCCUGUGCUGUGGUGGCUCAACAGGAUAGCGGUUUCACCACCCCUUGCGGCGUCUGUCGUCAGUUUCUGUCCGAGUUCGCAAUGGAUGGCAAGGAUAUACCACUAUAUGCAGCCAAGCCCACAAACUUGCCACUGCGUGUGCUAUGCACAAGCGUGCUGCAACUGCUGCCCAACAGUUUCAGUUUCCAAAAUGGCAAAUAGGCCAUAAAAAUAGUACCAUUUCAAACUAUGUGCAAUAAUAAUUUUAAUGUGAAUACCCCAAUUCACCAUUUGUAAACCAACCCUCGA